AUGACGACUGCCGUUAAUGACACAAGUGUCUUUCCGUGUGGUCCGGAUCCGCCAUACUACACACACAUAUUAGGUAUCACGGUGGACUGGAUCCUCUUAGUUAUAGGACUUCCUGCUGUUUGCCUGGCCAGUUAUGCCCUGUUCAGACUAGCCAAAGCCGGCCAAGUGGCUCCGAUCUACGUGAUCAACCUGCUCAUCUCAGACCUUAUUCAGAUCGCCAUCACGUUCAUCUUCAUUCUCAGCAGGUUCUGUGACUCCACAUUUCAGCCUAUGGUGACGGCCCGCUGCCUAGCCAGGAUCUUUGUCCGCCUGGGCCUCUGCACUAGCCUGGGCUUCAUGGUGUUGAUCUCCCUGGAGAGAUAUAUGGUGGUGGCCUGUCCUGUGUGGUACCGAUUUAGACGCUCAGUCAAAAACUCCAUCCUGAUCUCUCUGAGCCUCUGGGCAAUGUCGCUGGGCUACGUCACGUUUGAUUACACAUUCUUGAUCCACAACUCAAAUCAAUCCCUGACAGUUUUCUCUGGCCUCUCCCUUUUACCAGCCCCGUUCCUGGUGUUGGGGUUUGUGGUCACUCAGAGGGCCCUCCACAGGGGCAUGGCUCUCAGGGGGCCGAAGAGGAUGAAGAUUCUGGGAACUAUGGGUCUGGUACUGGGCAUUUAUAUAUUCCUCUUCAUCCCAUUCAGCAUCAGGAACCUGUACUUCUCCCUAAUGGACAGUAACCCGUCAGUGCCCGACCCAGUCAGGGACAUGUCGUCUGUGAUCACAAGCGCCCUGAUGUAUCUCAGCCCACUUACUGACUGUUGUAUAUAUAUCUUCAUGAGGACGGACCUCAGAGACACUAUAGUUGCCUUCCCCUGCUGCAGAAGGUUACUUAGUGGGAUGGAGUGUGAAAGGAGCAUUGGGGAGAUUGGUCAGGAAGAUACACAGUCUGUUGAUCAAGUCUGA